GCCCGGGAUCUUAGUCAAAAAUCUACACUACCAUCAGCGACCAUGUCCCAAACUACCACCUCUCUGCACAACUUCAACCACCGUUUUCCCAUCCACUCCGCCCUCUCGUCAGGCACCGCUACACCUGUGAAUUCCUCUUCGCACCAUUCCCCGCCUACUACGUUUUCCUAUACCACCUCCAACCCAGCGCACCACAAUAGCAACAGCAAUGCCUGCUACACACCCCUCGAAUCCCUCGAGAUCGUCUCGCGCAUGGGCGUCAAGAAGGCAAACAUGCGCCUCGAUAAGACCUUUCUAAGCGCCGUGUCAGCCGGCAUGCUCUUAUCCUUCGCAUGCGCAACGCUCAUUAGCACCAACACGGCACCAUGGUACCAGGAGAAUGCCCCAGGGUUGAUCAGAACGCUCGCGGCACUAGUCUUUCCGUACGGUUUGGUUACGGUUCAGAUGACUGGCAGCGAUCUGUGUACUGGGAGCUUCAUGUAUACCACCGUCGCGGCGCUGCACAGGCGGAUAGGCGUGCUAAAGAUGCUGAGACACUGGUUCGUUACGUUCUGGGGGAACUUGGCGGGGAGUUUGUUUGUGUGUCUUGUGAUUGUAGGGUAUGGUGGUAUAUUUGAUGGUGCACUCUACAGUGAAGAAUCGCUCAUUUUCGGGUACAAGAAGCAGAUUGUGCCAGCGUGGUAUCAGAUCUUCCUUCGUGGCAUCGGCGCCAACUGGCUGGUGUGCAUGGCGUGUUAUCUCGGAUGCUCGGGACGUGACUAUUUUUCAAAGGUGGUUGGCAUCUGGUGGCCUACUUUUGCCUUUGUCUCGUUGGGUUUCGAUCACGUCGUAGCAAACAUGUUCUUGAUUCCGAAUGCCAUCUUCCACGGCUCGCCCAGCAUCACCGUCGGUCUAUAUAUUUGGAAAGGCAUCAUUCCGGCGCUGCUCGGAAAUAUUAUUGGUGGUGGCUUUUUUGUGAGCUGUUUGUACUACUACUUGCACUUGCAAGGACACUCGGAUGUUGCUAUUGAUGGUUCUUAUUAUGAGGCGAAACAUCGCCCGGCGCUUGCGGGAACAUACACUCUAAGUUUGAUCCAACAUCUAGUAAUAGUAGAUCAUUACUAUUUUCGAGACUGA